AUGGUGCUAAGCACCCCUAUUUAUACUAGUAAGUGGAAACUACAAGCUAAUGAGGGAAAACCCAACGCUCUUGGAUUGCCGGUAUCACACUUGGCACCAAGUGACUCCCAUGAGAGUGGCCCGAGCAUCCGCCACGGCUCAAGUGGUGAACGGAAAGAUAUACGUGUUGGGAGGCUGCAAAGACAGGGACUGGGGGAAGUGCCGGACGAGGAGGAUCCGGAUACACGCCCUAGGAUGAGUUUGAUCCAUGGGAGUGUGGUGAUAGAGGACAAGAUAUACGUGAUUGAUUUAUGGAAUAGAACCUUCUUCUACUCCCUAAGCCAGUGUAAAUGGGGGAGAGGGAGUCCGGCGAGGCUAGAAUCACCGUCUAUGAAUAGAAGGGAUUGGUGUGUGGUUGAUAACGUGUUAUACAGUGUUGGUAACGACGGGUGUAUUUAUUGGUGUGAGCCACAUGAGUUGGAUCGGUGUGCUGGAGUGGGGAUGAAUUGGACUGAGUUGUUAAGUCACCCAAUGAAACGGCUGCAGGACAAGCUCACUAGAUCGAGAGUGGCUCACUUUGGUGGGAAGAUGGCAAGAGUGUGGGAGAAGACGACGCGCAAUUUCACCAAAUGCCUUGAAGAUAUACUUCCCGGGGCCAAACUCGCCGGCUCUGGCCACAAUGUUGUUGUCUUCUGGAAAGAGCUCGUACCAGAAAAGAGCGUGGGCAUUUGGUGUGCUGAGUUUUCGUUUAAAGGGUGCAACAAAUGGGGCUUUAUGUUUGGCCUGCUUGAGUGUUCCAAUGCUAUCCUCACUCUUGAUCCUAUCUUGGAUCGCGCUAAGGUCUUGUACACUAUCUCCGUUGAUGUCUGA